AUGCUAAGGAUUCAUGAAAGAGUUCACACUGGAGAAAAGCCGUAUGAGUGUAAACAGUGUAGCAAGUGUUUUAACCAAGCAGGAAACUUAAGGAGACAUGAAAGACUUCACACUGGGGAAAAGCCUUUUGAAUGUAAACAGUGUGGCAAGUGUUUUAACAGAUCAGGAGUCCUAAGGACUCAUGAAAGAGUUCACACCGGAGAAAAGCCUUAUGAAUGUAUACAGUGUGGUAAGUGUUUUAGCCGAGCCGAACAUCUAAAGGUUCAUCAAAGAUUCCAUACGGGGGAAAAACCUUACGAAUGUAGACAGUGUGGUAAGUGUUUUAGUGUAGCAGAAUACCUAAGGACUCACGAAAGAGUUCACACUGGUGAAAAGCCUUACGAAUGUAAACAGUGUGGCAAGUGUUUUAACCAAGCAGGAAACCUGAGGAGUCAUGAAAGAUUCCACUCUCGUGAAAGGUCACAUGAGUUUUCCCAGAAAAAGAAACGUCUGUCCAAACGUUUGGAAUCCUUUAAACAGAAGAGAGAAGGAAGUGAAAACGUUGAUGUCAGGGCCACAGGUUUUACAGAGAACCAGCAGACACAGGGAGAAACCGGAAACAAUGGUGUAACAGAUGCACGAUCGGUCAUUAUUGAGAAACACAGAUGUUGGAUCUGUCAAGAGGAGAUGAGUAGUGAGGCUCUUCUUCUUCAACAUUAUGAAAAUCAUAUGACCCAUGUUUGUGACGAUUAUUCUUGAAGUUAAAAAAACGUUGUGGUCCUUUUAAGUUCUUCUCUUUUGUUAGUUUUUUUGUCGUGCUUUGGCAACAUUUUUUAUUUUUGCAGCUCUUAAAGAUUCAAUUCAAUUUUUAGAGCAUCUUGCUUUUAUACUUGUGGUUCAUUUGAUGUGCAUGAUUGUCAAGUUGGAAUAAACGAUGAAGGGACAACUUCUGUAUUAAUUCUUCCAUAAAGGAAAAACUCGAUUUAAAUCAAAGUCUUCGUGCCUCUUAGUUUAGUCUGCUACAGAGCCGUUUUUAGUGUCGUCACGCAAGGCUCCUCCCCACAAACGGUUUGUGGGAUGAGCGUUGCUUAAUUUUAAGGUUUACAUUUGUACGUGACCACUUACAGACUUUAACUUCUCAUGAUAUGAAUGGAAAGAAACUUUUUCCUUACAAUGUAAAAAAGGCUUUCUUACUUUCAUCCAUAUUCUACAGUCUUGUAUUUAUGAUGUUCUCGUAGCCGUGGUUUCUGGAACUCUCCAGUUAUUAUAAUAACUGUUACCCCUAAUAAAGAAUACUAAUUAAGCAAUAGAAAACGAUUUCCUUGUUUGCAUAGCCUGGUAUAAACACGAGAGGGGUUGGGAGAAUUCGAGACAGUUAUGGAAACCCGAGACGAAGUCGAAGGUUUGCAUAACUGUCGAGAAUUCUCCCAACCCCUCGAGUGUUUAUAUCAGGAUAUGCAAACACAGGAAAAAAGUUUUCUAUUGCUUUUAUAAAAUAACUUUCCCGAGAAAAAAGCAAAACGCUCUUGUUUAGAGCAUUGAUUAAAAGAGAAAUUCUUACCAGUCGCGAAGUCUUGUACACGAAGCUUGUACGCGUAAUCAGUCUUUGUUUUGCAAAAAAGGUGCUUUCCAGGUUUUCCGGGUUUUUCUCGCUUAAACUGUCCCCUCAGGCGAAAAAAAAAUUGACAUAGCAUGUUUCUAAAGAUUUUCCAAGUUUCAACCGACGAGGAAAUGGGUGAAUAAAGUAAACUUGUCGAGUUUUUCGACUCAAAACCUUUUUCAAAUUCGUGCUUGCGUGAUUAGCGCGGAAAGUCAAACAAGUUGACGUCACAACCAUGUUUACAUACUCUCAUGCAAACACGCCUCUCGGCCAAUCAGAGCGCGCGUAGUAUCUUAGUUAUUUUAUAAUCGCUUAUUAAUGACUUUGGAGAAUAUUUAUUGGUGUUUAAAGGCCCUAUGUAUCAAGUGGGACAGUAUAAAGUGUUCCAUUUAACGAAGCUGCUUUUCGAUCGCAAGAACUUGCUCGCUCAUCAAUAAUGAUGUUAGUUCAGGCAAAAGUUAUUUAUAUUCCUCCUUUGUUCUGUGCCGCUAAAGGAUUGUGGUAUAUUAAACUUCCGUAAGGAAGCGAAAACGCUUGGAUUUUCCUACCGUUUUAAAGUUGGUUAAUGUGUGUGUGCUAAGAGCCCAUUCGGCGCGGGACGGGGGGUACUCCGAAGUUCAAGUGACAGGGAUGAUCGAAUGGGGAAAAAAUCAAAACCCGCCAAAAUUCCUAGGGCUUUAAACAAAACCCAAACAACUUCCUGGACCAAAAUUUAACCAGCAAAAAAAUACCGUGCCGAGCCAUAAAAAUUUCCAGGAAGCGUUAAAUGAUAUAACUAUCAUGAAUCUUCAGAUUGUUUUGAAUACCCAAAACAAUCCCUACUUAAAUCAAGCUGCCCAAUAAAUACUUGUCAAAUUUUUCCUACCCAAACAAAUCCCGAAAUCGAAAAUUUGAAAGCGAAAAAAAUCCUUUGAUCAUCCC